AUGAUUCAAAGUACAACCUAUCACAAUGUUCUUACCUCGGCAGCUUUAACAGAUCAUUAUUAUACAGAUGUUGACCUUCUUGGAAUUCCACUUAGCUUUAUAGUUGCUCGAUCAAAUAUAUGGUCUAACUGUGAUUGUGCAGUGAAGGCUACUUGUAUUCAAUCGGCUGCAAUUUAUAAUAUUACGAAUAACAGAGUACUUUAUACAGUAUCAGGAAUGUAUAUUGGAUGUUAUCUUAUUGAAGCUACUCUACAAUCAACUCUCGAAUGUCUUUAUAAUAAAACAUGUUUAGAUAUGAUCACGUCUCAUGUUACGAGGUCUCCGGCAAUUGAUUGGAUACCCCUUAAUUCAUCGCAAAGUCAGAACCUGACAAAUGAAACAAUACAAGUAAUACUCGACCAAUUAAUGGUUCAAAAAUGGAAUUGGUCUAUUAACUAUGACAGUUAUUAUACAGAAUGUCAACCAUAUGAGUGUAUGUACACAUAUGAAAGUAGAAAUGAUGCUAUUUAUAUAGUUACUACUAUAAUUGGUCUUGUCGGUGGCUUAACAACUGCUCUAAACUUGAGUGUCUCAAAAAUUGUUUUGCCAAUAUUAAAAUAUAUCCAAGGAAAAAAAAGAAGAGUUAUUCCAAUUAUGUUAUUUCAAACAAACGAAGCAUCAAAAUGA